CUGUGCUCUGAGCAGGGUGAGGACUGACAGGGCUGUCCUCCAUGUUUUAAUAAGCAUUGACAUAUCACACAGAGUUUUUUAGCCAUGCAUCCACAGAGGGAUCUUUUCUGUGUCAGUGUGACAGAGGAAGAGGGAAAAGAAACCGCAGCAGAAGGAAUGGAGAUCUCAACACGGUCCAAAGUUUCAGACACAGGGUCAACAGAACGGAUGUCCCAAAAACGAAAGAUGCCAAGUCCAUCUCAAUCGUCUAAUGGCCACUCCUCCGCAGAAACCUCUCCCUGCCCAAUUAAAAAGAAGAAGAAACCAGGUGCUGUCAGCAGUAGCAAAGACCAGUCAGAACUAAGACACGGUCCCUUUUACUAUGUGAAGCAGCCAGCACUCACCACAGACCCUGUUGAUGUUGUACCGCAGGACGGCAGGAAUGACUUCUACUGCUGGCUGUGCCACCGCGAGGGCCAGGUGCUCUGCUGUGAGCUCUGCCCCAGGGUGUACCACGCCAAGUGCCUCAAACUACCAGCUGAGCCCGAUGGCGACUGGUUCUGUCCGGAGUGUGAGAAAAUAACAGUUGCAGAGUGCAUAGAGACUCAGAGCAAAGCCAUGAUGAUGCUAACUAUAGACCAGCUGUCUUACCUACUAAAGUUUGCGCUUCAGAAGAUGAAACAACCAGGUGAUCAUCCCCGCUUGUCAUCUCGCUCCCCCCAUGCAGCUUCCACGCAGAGAAAGACUUUUAAUUGGACUGAACCCUUCCAGAAACCUGUCUCUCUUGAACAACAUCCAGAUUAUGCGGAAUACAUUUUUCAUCCUAUGGAUCUUUGCACACUUGAGAAGAAUAUCAAAAAGAAAAUGUAUGGCUGUACAGAAGCCUUCUUGGCAGAUGCAAAAUGGAUUUUGCAUAACUGUAUCAUAUAUAAUGGAGGCAAUCACAAACUCACAGCUACAGCUAAAGUUAUAGUAAAAAUCUGUGAACAUGAGAUGAACGAGAUUGAAGUUUGUCCAGAGUGUUAUUUGUCUGCUUGCCAAAAGAGAGACAACUGGUUUUGUGAGCCUUGUAGUAACCCACAUCCUCUAGUGUGGGCCAAACUGAAAGGAUUUCCAUUCUGGCCUGCUAAAGCUCUGCGGGACAAAGACGGACAGGUGGACGCUCGUUUCUUUGGUCAACAUGACAGGGCAUGGGUUCCUUUAAACAACUGCUACCUCAUGUCAAAAGAAAUUCCAUUUUCUGUGAAGAAGACCAAAAGCAUCUUCAACAGUGCCAUGCAAGAGAUGGAGGUCUAUGUGGAGAACAUGAGGAAGAAGUUUGGAGUGUUUAACUACGCACCCUUCAGGACACCAUACACUCCUGACAACAACUUCCAGAUGCUGCUGGACCCCUCCAACCCCUCGUCCACUCCAGUCAAACCUGAGAAACAGGAGAAGAUCAAGCUGAGCUUCGACAUGACCGCUUCACCCAAGAUCCCUCUGGCAAGGACCAUGUUGUCUGGGGCUGGGCUGGGCGGGGGCACAGUUGGGCGUCGGCUUCCUCUAAGUGACAUGCCUCGCUCCCCCAUGAGCACCAACUCCUCUGCCCAUACUGGUUCAGAUGGGGAACAGGAGACAGCAGACAAGUCACAGGCAAAAGCCCAGAACAGCCAGUACAGUGCCGGAGAGGAGUCCAUGGACUGUACAGGCAGUUCAUUGGACAGCCCUAAACCAUUCCACUCUCAAGCUCCUGGCAUCCCCAAGCAGGAGAAGACACCACAGACGGGAAGCAUUCUCAACCUCAAUCUAGAUCGGAGCAAAGCAGAAAUGGACCUAAAAGAGCUUAGUGAAACAGUUCAGCAGAAGCAAGGAACCACACCAGUCCUCACGUCUCCAAAAAGACAGAUUAAGAGCCGUUUUCAACUGAAUCUGGACAAAACCAUUGAGAGCUGCAAAGCACAGUUAGGUAUUGAUGAGAUCUCUGUGGAUGUGUAUAAAGGUGUGGAACACAGUGACUCAGAGGACUCCGAUAAAUCUGACUCAAGUGACAGUGAGUAUGCCAGUGAUGAUGAGCAAAAGACCAAAGAUGGCCACGACGCAGCAACUAAUGAUGCAGCCCAUAAGGACACUGCCAGAAAUAAAGUCAAAGACCUGUCAUCCCCAAGCCAAGAUAAAGAGGGUAAAACUGAUACACUGCUGGCAUCUGAGUCUGAGGCAGGUGACACAGCUACAACAGCAUCAGAUGCUCCAGCUAAAGAGAAAAUAAGCACUGAUUCAGAAAAAGAAAGCCCAGAGAAGAGCAAAGCACCUCCAGCAGCAUCACCUUCUCCCAGAGACAAGGCUCAGGUGAAAGAAGAGGGGAAGCAGCCUGUGCCAGUGGAGGACUCUGACUCUGAGAGGGAGCUGGUUAUUGACCUUGGAGAGGAACAGAGGGGCAAAGACAGGAAGAGGGGUAGGAAAGACACCACCUCUGUAAAAGAGUCACCUGCUUGUAAACCUGAAGGCAAAGCACUGACCCCAUCAACAGUCCCGUCUCAAAACAGUGCAGCUCUCUCCACACCCUCCACUGUCUCCACACAGUCCCCAAUGGCCAUUCCUGUCACCAUGUACUCCUUCACUGCUCCCUCCCCCACAACCAUAAGCCUAGCAACAGUGUCCAGUGCCACAGCUUCGCCCCCCUCCUCCUCAUCAUCCCCCUCAGCCUCCACCACUCCAGCUUUGAAGAAACAGCGCCCUCUGCUGCCCAGAGAGACAGUGCCUGUAGUGCAGAGAGCUGUGGUGUGGAAUCCCACUACCAAGUUUCAGACCUCCUCGCAGAAGUGGCACAUGCAGAAGGUGCAACGUCAGCAACAGAACCAGCAACCUGUGGCAACCACCGAGGCUCAGGCGUCGUCACCCAGUCAAGGCCAGGCUCAAGUGGUGACCCAGACUCAGGCUGGGAAUGUGUCGACAGCUGUGUCCUCAUCCUCCGCUCAGCAGUCUUCACAAAGUACACGCUAUCAGACCAGACAAGCUGUCAAAGCUGUUCAACAAAAAGACACUCCACUCGGCACAAACACGUCCGCUGUCACCCUGGUAUCCAGCAGUCCAGCUUCUGUUGCCACGAUGGCAACAACAAGUCUAGGAACAGCUGCUUCGUCAUCACCGGUGGCAACAGACCUGUAUAUCCCCACUGCCUCUGCAGAUGUGGCUGCAGACAUUGCCAAGUAUACAAAUAAAGUGAGUAAUGUUUUUGUAAUGUUUAUGACUUACUGGUCAUUUUAG